GAAGGCUCUCCCGGAACUCUGCAGCCGCAUCGGCUCUCACAAUUUCAGCAUCGGGGUUCGGUCCACCAUGGCGGCUUACGGAUGGAAAUACUGAUGACAGUCCGAAAGAUCGCCUCGAUUUGUACGAUGGGCGCCAAUGCCUCUGCCUUGGAAAAGGAGAUUGGACCGGAACAGUUUCCCGUUAAUGAACACUACUUCGGAUUGGUCAAUUUUGGCAACACCUGCUACUGUAACUCAGUGCUGCAAGCUCUGUAUUUCUGUCGACCGUUCAGGGAGAAGGUGUUGGCAUACAAGGUGCAGCCACGUCGGAAGGAGUCCCUCCUCACCUGUCUGGCUGACCUGUUCAACAGCAUCGCCACGCAGAAGAAGAAAGUCGGAGUCAUCCCUCCCAAGAAAUUCAUCUCACGGCUGAGAAAAGAGAAUGAGCUGUUUGACAACUACAUGCAGCAGGACGCCCACGAAUUCCUCAACUACCUCCUCAACACCAUCGCAGACCUGCUCCAGGAGGAGAAGAGCCAGGAGCGACAGCAGAAUGGAAAACUGGUGCAGAACGGAGGAGGAGGGGGAGGUGGAGGAGGAGGAGGAGGAGGAGGAAGUGCAGGAGGAGGGGGAGGAAGUGAGGGAGGAGGAGAAGGUGAAGGGGGAAAGGAGACACAACAGACUUGGGUCCAUGAGAUCUUCCAGGGAACACUGACCAAUGAGACACGCUGCCUGAACUGUGAAGCUGUGAGCAGUAAAGACGAGGACUUCUUGGAUCUGUCAGUGGAUGUGGAGCAGAACACCUCCAUCACUCACUGUCUUAGGGGCUUCAGCAACACAGAGACAUUGUGUAGUGAAUACAAGUACUACUGUGAGCAGUGUCGCAGCAAACAGGAAGCCCAGAAAAGGAUGAGGGUAAAGAAGCUGCCGAUGAUCCUCGCCCUGCAUCUGAAGCGCUUUAAGUACAUGGACCAGCUGCACCGCUACACCAAACUGUCCUAUCGCGUUGUCUUCCCCCUGGAGCUCCGCCUCUUCAACACAUCCGGGGACGCCACCAACCCCGACCGCAUGUACGACUUGGUGGCUGUCGUUGUACACUGUGGCAGUGGUCCCAACCGUGGACACUACAUCACCAUCGUCAAGAGCCACGGCUUCUGGCUGCUGUUUGACGACGACAUCGUAGAGAAAAUUGAUGCGCAGGCGAUCGAGGAGUUCUACGGUCUGACAUCAGACAUUUCCAAGAACUCUGAGUCGGGAUACAUCCUGUUCUACCAGUCCAGAGACUGAACCAGCCAGCGGUAAAUCCCCAACAGACUGUCACUCACUCGGCAGAGGGGGAGGGGCUUAUGGCUGCCACCGGCUCCGCCAAGUACGCUCACAUAAGUAUCCAGGCUUUAUUCCCUGUAGGCGGAGCUUUGCACUGGAGCGCCACUCGGAUAGGUUGAGAUGUGUGCAGGUCGCAUGCCAGCCUCCUGGAUUACGACCGUUCAAAUCUUCUGAGUCCACACUGCAACAAGGCACCUUACGAAACAAGAUGGCUGAUUCUGUAACACUCGCUUUGCACUGUGGCAUCAGCUGGGAAGACCGAGUAACGCCAAUCCAAGAGGCUGACAUCGCCGUGUGCGCAGUGGUCCAUUUGAGGUAAAAGCAGUCGGGGACUGUCGCCGUGAUGCAGAGUGACCAAUCAGCUGUUUCGGAGGAGACACAUAAGUAACCAGAGGACGCCAGUCCUCCUUGCCAUGGUUACCAGUGGUUCCAUCAGUCUUCUUUAGUGUGCAUAUGAUACCGUGCUAAAUUAGCUUUCCAUUUACGAUCACCUCGAAAAAUCUCCCCCUGUACAUCUUUCUCUGGAGACAGAGGUCGACUAAUAACUGACAGCACUGUUAGAAGUCCCUCCCACCACCGCGAACCCACUGACACUACCUUUAACAAUCCAAUAGCUUGAGCGUCUACUCUGAGCACAGCGCAGUGAGAUGAAGUGGUGCUAAUAACAGUGUUAUCGGCAGGAGCUGAAAUGAAAACCAGCCACUGGAGAGAUGUUGAUGCAUCGGAAAAGUUUGUCUCUGAUGGAUAAGUAGGGCUCAUUAUUUUCAGUUUUUACUUCAAAAAAAAAAAAAAGUGAAUUUCUAAAAAAAAGCAAGUGAAAAAGUGACCAAAAUAAAAUUAGCUUUAUCUGCAAUUUAACCAUUUACUGUUUUCUUAAGUAUUUAAAGGAUUUAUCUGCAGCUCAUUCAAAGGUUUUGCCUAUUUUUUGCUUCACUUUCUGUUAUCAGGGAUAUUUUCUCAGCAUGUUUUUAAGGCUGAAAGUGGUAAAAACCUAAAACAAUGAGCCUUUAAAAUCACUGACAAUCCUGUUUUUAGCUUUAAAAAAAACUCGAGUUGGCUAAGCAGUGAAAGUGGCUGGUGAAAGUUUUAGUUUUUGGGCUAGCGGUGUGUCGUGCCAUUACCGGCCAUGUUUUAGUGCCACAGUGGAAAAAGUCCACAAGGGAAGACAUUAAACCAAGAGCGUUCAGGUGUUUCAACAGCAUAAGCUAACUUCUUCAAGCGAGCUUUUUGUGGUUUUGACAGCAAGCACAGUCUCCUUUGCAGUUUGCUUUUCAAGGUUUUUGUGGUUUUAACAUUUGAUUUUUUUUUUUUAAAUGCCAGAUGCACAUUUGUACCAUUUUAAAGGGACACACAAAGAGACAAAUACUUUUUCCUUCUUUUAAGUCAGUUCUGACUUUCAAACCGUCACACUACAUAAAACCUGUCUAAAUGUUUAUGUUCAGUGUGUCUGUCCUUUGGUUCCCCUUUUUAAAGCUUUAUUUAUGAACAGCAAACUUUAACACCUCUGGACACACACCGUGCUGCAGCUGGUACAGUUCACCACAGAAUAUCAGCCACCAAUCACGCGCUGGCAAAUUGCGACUCUGGCUUAAGUGUUUCUCCUGCAGCUGCAGCUCUGGCAGGCAGUCUGACCUUUUACAUAACAUGUUUUUCACUCCAGAAUCUUGAAUUGAAGCCCUCAGCAACGCUGAGUGACGCUAGCGGUCUGCUGAUGUGGAACUCGUCCACAGUCAAUCGACGGCAUGGGAUAUUUAAUGCAGUAAGACGGCCUCUGUCUGUGUUUGUCCCAGCAGUUUAAAAUGGCUUCCUCUCCUCAGUAUCUCUUAAAAUCUAACUUAGCACAAUAGGGAAGAUUUCAUGUUAAAGGGUUAUGUCAAUCAAAUAUUAGAAUAUUGUUCAGAUCAGAAAUGUCAGAUGACAGUUGUUGGUCACUGUUACCAUCAUAGAUGAGCUGAUUUGAACCAGCUAAGAAAUUGAAUGUGUCCAAUAGAGCUUUAAUUAUCUUAUUUUUUUGAUUGUAUAUUUAAUCAAAUGUUAGAAAAUAUUGGAAAAUGUCCAUCGCUUUUCCAAAACCCCAAAUUAUUCAGUUCACAGUGAUAUAAAACUGAGAAAAGCAACACGUCCUACAGUCGGAGGUUUUGUUUUGUUAGUUUUUUAUUGAACUUAGUUGACAGAUAAUUUGUUUCAGCUCUAGUCUUCAAAUUAAUGUGCAAAGAGUUCAGCUCAUUUCUUCAAUGAGUAAACAGUUUAAUUAUUGCUUACAGGUUUUAAUUUUGCUGAGGUCGAGGAGAGACAGGGGCCGUUUUAAAUCCUUUUACUUGUUCUCCCUAAGUUGAACCUGCUGAUCGGCAACAACCUCAUGUUUUUUUUGUUUAACGCACAAACAAACCAAAUGUAGGGUUUUUUUUUUUGGUUUAGUCUUGUUUUUUUAUUUUGAAGUAUGUUUUACACUGCCGAGCUCAUGAGGCUCCACCCGACCAGGCUGUCUCGGAUUAACAAGCAAGCUCACCCUGUCACUUCUCUCUUAACAGAGCUGCAGCAGAUGGAGAGUGAAUGGAAACACACUCUCUGUAGCCUUUAAGGUGUUUAUAUUCUACAGUAGGUGAGUGGCCUGGGCAGUGGGUCAAGUAUUAUCUGAAUGUUAAAAUGUACAGUAAAGUAAAACUGGGGCUGCUGCUUGACCUGUAAAAAAACAUUGUUUGGAAUUUGGGUGCGUCUCAAUAGUCUCGAGUCGCUCUCUCUCCUUCAAAGACGAGAGCAUUUUCAGUGACGUUCAUUUUUCACAUGCACAGAAUCAGAGUAAAUUCAACCACAUUCACAUCUCGACUUAAAGCCGACAGUUAAAAUCUGCUCAGUGCCAGUGCAAGUAGCUGAACGUCUCACUGUGCUCACAGUUUUCAAAACAGAAGGAGAGGAGGCGACUUGAGGUGACACUUCCCAACCACUUCACUUCAUUCACUGGGUGGAGGCUUCAAAGUCAACACUAUUUCCUUUUCCUGUCCAUGCUGCUCUUUAACUCAACUAGUCUACACGAAAGGGUGAUGCUGUGAGAUGUUUUUUUUGGGUUGAUCCACUUUGUUUCCAUCAGUUCUACAAUUUUUGGACGUCAGAAAACAAGAGUUUCUGGUUGCAAAUGACUUGAAACGCAGGUUAUAUCCAGGCACCGACAGAAUCUGUGGAUUCUAAACUUUUUGCUUUCACAUGCUCCAAAUGAUGUGUUUAUAUUUUAAGCAUUUUAGGGGAAAUGUCCUUCACUCAUAGCGUACAUGAGCAAAAACAAGCACAAAAGGCAUCAUUUGGUAGAUGAAAGUCCACAGAUCCAGUUUGGAGCUGGUUAUGAAUCUGUGUUAGUGAAGUGCAGUUCAGGUCGUCAGUGCCCAAAAUUCUAAUGUGUUGGUUGAAAAUUUUUACCAAACAAAGCUUUGGAAACUCAAGUUGAAACAAGGCUCUUUUUUAUUUAAAUAGUAUUAAUAUUAUUAUUAUUAAUGUUUAUGUUAACUUCUUUUUCUUAGAUGUUUCACUUGUUUUUGAUACUUUACUAAUUUUAAUAGUCUACCAUUCUCGUGUAGGCAGCUCUGGAUAUUUUGAGGAUUUAUUUUGGUUCAAUUUUCGGGAGAAUGUGAUGAGAGAUGUUGAUGUGUACAUAAAUACAGAUGUUAUUAUUGGAAUAUAAAUAAUUGCUUGCUUGAAAAUAAUCAGCAGACCUAGAUCAAAAAUGUUAGCGGACGUUACGUCUCUAAAGUACUUUCAUUCUGGUAGUGAAUCAAUAUGCCUGGUGCUUAAAAAGUAAUAAGCCCCACCCGUCUGGCAUCACAGGCAGCACAAACCAAACAGCCCCAAAUAAAUCAGCUCACAUGUAAUCUGGCUGGUCACAGAAAAACAGUUUCAUUAGGAUCAUUUUAAACAAGAUGAGAAAUUCUCACAAGAAGCUGCUGUGGAAAAAGUAACAGACCAAAAACUGUCGUGCAUUGCUGUUAAAGGAAAAAUCCACUAAACUACAUGAAUACAAGAAAAAAAAAUAAAAAAAUAAAAUAAAAUAACAGACAUUGGCAGAUGGAUUUUUCCUUUAACAGUUUUCAGUUUUUGUGUCGUGAAAUGUUGCUCCUGGGCUUUGGUCGUCCACAUCACUCCCCCUUUUAAGACUCACCAAGAA